AUGAGUGUCCCACGCGCACGGGUAGUAGACCUGAUGAAGGCACAAUGCAAGGUCUUUGCGACGACAUUUAACCCUGAAGGAACGCGACUGGGCAACAAAGUCCUGCGCCAACGCUUACGAGGUCCUGCGAUGGCCGCCUACUACCCUCGCAAGAUUGUCACAAUCAAGGAUGUCAAGACCGAAUUCGGCCCAGAGCUGCACACGUGGGAUCCUAACGAGGAGGCCCGUUUCGAAUACAUCGAAGAAUUGAAGGCUCGUGGGAAGAGCAACCCGAAAAAGAAGUCGGCGCCAGCUGCUGCUGCGCCAGUGAAGGGCAAGAAGAAAUAA